UUUUUUUUUGUUCAAUUUCAAGAUGGAGGAGGGACAAUUUUAUUAUUUCAAAAAUUUUUUUAUUCAAUCCAAGAAAAUUUUUUUAAUGUCUAUAUAAAUAUAGACAGAACCAGGAACAUAACACAAUUUAAAUUUGUUAAAACUCCUAAAAUUGUUAAUAAAUUUAACAUUUUAAUUUAAUUAUGAAUUCUUCCUAUAUGGUUUCCUUUACAUUUUUGGCCGUUUUUGGGCUUUUCUUAAACCAAUGUGGAGGUCAACAACCACCACCACCUAAACCGGCAACUGUAACCGCUGUAAAGCCAGGAGCACCACCACAAAAGACUGGAGCUAACAAAGAUUCUUCCGAAUCAGAAGAGGAUGACAAACAACACCCAAAAACAAAUGCUACAGGGGCUGCUCCCCAACCUCUCCCAGCAUUUUGUCAGCAAAACGCUGCAGACCCAGCAGUUCAAAAAUGUUGUACAGCCUUGAAAGCCCAUAAACCACAAGGAAAUGUAAAAUUGCCCGAAUGUGUUCAAUGUGGACAGAAGUGUAAUAUACCUGCCCCUGUCCCUGCUCAGGGGGCUCCUGCUCAUCCACAGGUGGCUGGAACUCCUUCAAAACCACAUUAA